ACCUGCCGAGAAGGAAGAAGAGCAAGAUCGCGGAAACCAGCGCCGUCUGACGGAGGUAGUUUCUCUCUUCUCUGCAAUAAUCAUGUAUCUGAAUUGAGAAAUGCUAAGUUGUAACCUCCAUUAACCUUGCUUUCGUCAUCAUUUUGUUCUGUUUUCGUGGGGAAACUGAGGCUGAAGGGGAAGCCCCUAGAUGUGAAGUCAGGUGGCGUCAUCAAAAAGAAGAAGAAGAAACACGAGCAUCGCCAUUAUUCCAACUCAGCCAUGGAAGAAUCUAGCCUCUCUUCAGGUUGACAGGAGGAAAGACAGGAUUUUUAACUAAUCAUCCAGAGGAUGAUAUAGAUGAGAAUGAAUGGGGUGGCAGCAGAGGCAAUGCUUAUGAUGAUUGUCUCACGCCGGCUGAGAGGAAAUUCCUCCAACAGACAGAGAAGCUUUAGCUCCAGAGACUGGCUAAGAUGGCCAGCAGAUCACACGGUAAUCGGAUUCAGGAAUUUAACCAAUAUCUGGCUAAUCUAGUUGGUUCAAUGGGACUGGGUUGGAUUUCAGAAUCCCAAAGGUGCAUUGUCAAUUCCUCAGAAAUCUCUCUAUUUGUAUUUGGAUUGUUGUACCAUUUGAAACAACUGUCUGAAAAUUUGUGCGUUAAGAACUUUAUCAUUGAAUUGGAUGGUUUAAUAAAUUGUGUUCUUCUGA